CCACAGCUUACUAUAAGAUUUGAAUACCUUACAUUUUUUGAACACAGCACAGCCGCAUUGCAAAGGUAAAAAUUAGUUAGAUUUAUUUAUUUUAAAAAAUGUUAUAUAUAAGAGAGGUUUUUAAUAUUUAAAUGACAGAAAAUCACGACAGUGGUUGAGGUUAGAUUUAAAGAAAAAAGAAUAAAGACAGUGGCGUAGAUCAUAUGUAAAAGACAGAAAAUGAAGGCAGUGGCGUAGAUUAGAUUAAAAAUACAAAAAAAAUCAAAGCAUUGCGUAGAUUAGUUUAUAAAACGCCGAAAAUAAAGGCAAUGCAUAUAUUAGUUUGACAAGACUGUAAAUCAAGGCAGUGGCGUAGAUCAGAUUUAAAAAGACUGAAAAGCAUAGCUAAGACGUAGAUUAUCUUUAAAAGACAGAAAAAAAAGCAGUGGCGGAGAUCGGAUUUAAAAGACGGAAAAUCACUACAGGGGCGUAGAUCAAACUUUAAAGACAGAAAGUUAAGACAGAGGCGUUGAUCACAUUCAAAAGACAGAUUAUCAAAUCAGUGGCGUAGAUAGCAAUUAGAAGACAGAAAAUCAAAGCAGUGGCGAAGAUUACUUUUAAAAUACAGAAAAUCAAAGCAGUGGCGGAGAUCGGAUUUAAAAGACAGAAAAUCAAAUCAGUUGCGUAGAUAAAAGACAGAAAUCAAGGCAGGUGAGUAGGCCUAAAUCAGUUUUGAAAGAAAGAAAACCAAGGCAGUCGUGUAGAUAAAAUAUAAAAGACAAAAAAACAACAACAAAGUAGUGGCACAAAUCACAUUUUUUUUAAAAAGUCAAGACAAAUUUAUAGAUCACAUUUUAAAAGAGAGGAAAUCGAGGUAAGGGCCUAUAUUAGUUAUCUAUAGAUAUAACAAAACAAAGGUUUGUAAGUAGUUAGCAGCUAAAAACAACGCCCCAAAUGCCACCAACUUAAGCGUUCAAAAUGAAAUCCCAGGCGAAACAGCAACGUAUUAGACCAUCGGGACAGUUGUAUUGAAUCAAGAAGAAGUUAUCACUUAUCCAACAGAAUUCUUGAAUUCACUUGACCUGCCAGGCAACGGUACCAAGCUUUCAGUGAAAUACAUGAUAAACAAUACCGUUGAAGCUUUUAUUUUAAAUUGAAAAUUUAAAGAAGAAGUGGUAAUGUUGGAAGGCAUCCCAAUGAUUCCAACAGGUAUGCCAUUUGGAAUUCAUGCGUCUGCAGUUUCCGAUAUGAUUCGCAUUUGCAAUGAGCAUCAACAAAGCACAGGGGCUAUCGCUACAAGCGUGUGGACAAAAUAGAAAAACCCAAUGCUUCUCCUAUGGACAGCUGUAUGUGGCCUUCUCUCGUGUCGGAAAACGUUUUCAUUUAUUCGUAUGCGCACCAGAUGGAAAAACAAAAAACAAAAAGUGUGCAUUUAAAAUCUCUUCAAGAAACAAAAUAAAAAUGCAAACACGUUCUUCUUUGAGUGGCAUUGCAACGUAUGCCGGGUACUCGCUAGUAAAUACAUAAAAUUAAAAAUGUUGCGAUGUUAAAAUUUUAAAGACAUAAAAUCAACUCAGGGGUCUAGAAUGACUUUAAAGACAGUAAAUCAAAUCAUAGAUCAUUUUUUAAAAGAGAUAAGUAAAGGCAGUGGCGUAGAUAUUAUUUAAAAGAAAGAAAAUCAAAGCAUUUUUGCGUAGAGUAAUUUUUAAGACAAAAAAAUCAGAAAAGCUGCAAAGAUCGUGUUUAAAAGACAGAAAAUCAUGUCAGGUACGUAUAUAAAAUUUAAUGGACAAAAAUUCAAAUCAGUGGCGUAGAUAAAUUAAAAAUACAGUUAUAAAGUCUGCUGUGUAGUUUGGUUUUAAAAGACUGAAAAUAAAGACAAUGAAGUAGAUUAGAUUUAAAUGACAGACCACCAAGGCAGUGUCCAAUAAUAUUUUUCAAAUACAUAAAAUCAAGUCAGGGGCGUAGAUCAGAUUUAAAAGACAGAGAAUCAAAGAAUUGGCCGAGAUUACUCUUAAAGACAAAAAGUCCGAGCAGUGGCGUACAUUACAUUUAAAGGAUAGAAAAAUCAAAGCAGUGGCGUAGAUCGGAUUUAAAAGUCAGAAAAUCAAGUCAGUGGCAUAGAUCAGAUUAAAGAAAACACAAUUAGUAGGAUAAAACUAUUUCCAUUAAAGAUCACAAUUACAUCUUAAAUGCAUUUUUGUAGCAGUCUUCUUUGACUUUGCCUCUUUAACUGACAUGUGACCAUUUUGAAGCACGUCUUUCUGCGGUCGAUAUACGAGCACCUACAAACCAAGACAGUUCCGCUCAACUUUUUUCACUUCAACUAACAGGAACCUUCCAUUCAUUAUGCCAAGAAUUUUGAGGCAUUUUUUUUCCCUUUUCCCCCACUCAACUCAAACUGUCAAGGACAAAUCCUGCCCCCCCCCCCCUUUUUACCUCUGAAUACAAGAUAAUUAUAACUUUUUUCACUUCAACUAACAGGAACCUUCCAUUCAUUUUGCCAAGAAUUUUGAGGCAUUUUUUUUCCCUUUUCCCCCACUCAACCCAAACUGUCAAGGACAAAUCCUGCCCCCCCCCCCCUUUUUACCUCUGAAUACAAGAUAAUUAAAAAAUACAUUGGUUUGUUUGUAAAAAAUGAAUAGGACAUUGUUAUCGGUGGCUAUAAACACAUGUGUUACACUCUAAACAAAAAAAAAACUACUUCUUAAAUAUUUUUACAAUUAACAACAAUUAGAGUCUAUGGCUGUAGUCUUAUAUAUAUAUAGUUUUAUAUAUAUGUAGUUUUGUAAUGUUGAAUUUUGUACUUCAAUGUGGUAUGCACCGCGCUUCAAGCCUUUGGGGAUGAAGCGUGAUGUUUAAAUUAUCUUUAUUAUUAUUAUUUUAUAAAUAACAGGAUUUAUUAAACAAUUGACAAUGUCUAAAUAUUAGUGUUCUACAUUUCUGGCAAGUUUAAGUUCGUUAUCCAAAUGUUUCUCGAUAGCAAUAUCGUAUUAUAAGGGUUCGAUUUUAAUUGAUCAUUCUCCUAUUAAUAUUAUUAUGGACCCGACUGACAUCGUCAUUGUCUCGUCUAAAUAUCAGCAUUAAAAAUAUCAGCACUAAAAAUAUCAUUAUUAAAAUAGCAUUAAGAUAUAAGCAUUUAUAAUAUCAUGACUAAAAAUAUUAGCACUAAAAAUUAUGAGUACUAAAUAUAUCAGGACUAAAAUUAUAAGCACUAAAAAUAUCAGCAUUAUGCGUAUCUGCACUUAAAGUAUCAGCACUAAAAAUAGCACUUAAACAUCAGCAUAUUACUGGUGCUCUACUGAUAAUUAAUUUUUUUUUUACUGUCAUUAAAAUUAACAACUAUUUUUGCAGAACAUUAUCUAUGCAAAAUUUUGUUUUGAAUUGAAUUUUGCAUAUACAUGUAUAUCAAUAAAAGCUAUAUUUGUUGUAUUCAGUGUUGUGCCCUCCAACACUUUACAAAAAAAAAAAACAAAAAAAACAACAACUUUUUUCGGUCAACAUUUGUCAAACUCGUUUCAACCCCUAACACACCUUAUUAAUUGUCGAUCUGUUGUCGAGCUUUUUUCCACCUCUCCCGCAAAUUUACUGAUUUAAUGGCCGUUAUUUUGUUCAUACCAAAUUUAAGUUAUAUUUAUUAGUUCCUUGACUCUUAUGACAGGUCUGACAUGACAUAAUCUUAACUAAAACAAAUGCCCUUUGAUGGAAAAAAAAAAUGGGUGCCCGUGCAAUGUGUGGCGGGUAACAUGCCCCCCUCCCCCCCCACCCGAUGAUAAAUAAAUACUAAAACAAUAUAUUUAUAUUGGCACUUUGUCUCUUUGAAUAUAAAAUAUUUUAUAUAAAAAAAUUAAUAUUUCUUAUUAAAUGUCACAAAUGACAUAGGCUGAGAAGGGAAAAGAUAGGCGUUAGUACCGUACUAAAGUGCAAUACACGACGGGGUAGUUAACCUUACAUCGGCAGAGUUAAUGAUAGUACAGGGAAGACAUGAUAGCUUUGGAAGCAAGGAGACACCAAGUGGACAGCGCGAGAACGGUUAUCACAAAUGAAUUCGAAUAAUGAGUUUCGUAGUCAGCUGGUCAAUGUUGAAUGUUCAGAAAUGACAUGGUGAUCGUCAGAGUAAUUAUCAGUGAUAGAAAAGAGCUCAAAGGUAUAGAUGCUAAUAAGCGGAGAGUGAAGGAUCUGGUCUUGAGAGCUUCGUAAGUACGCGUAUCUGGUGGAGUUUAUUGUCAUACGGCGGGAGAUAGAAGGGAUCAGUUUAUGGAGACACGGGUAGUAGUUAAAGAUUCGUGGACGGUCUGAAGUCAAAGACGCAGUGCUUUUAGCUGUAGUCAAAGAUAAACAUAGCAAUAGUCAGAUUUAUUAAUCUCAUUGAAAUUAAUACGGAUAAAAAGGACAGACCUCCAAGUAACCAGUAGAAAUCUUAAAGUACCAUAUGGGCUUAGAAGCCAGCUAAAUUAGAAAAAGAAGUCAUUUGAUGAUGACGUGUGUAAGACAAGUUGUAACCUAACAACUGUGUCCACAUCAACGACACUUACAAAUGAGCUAUAUAAAUAAAAUGAACAACAAAUACAUGAAUCGAUGGAUCUUGACCAAACUUAAUACACAUACUCUUGAUUAGCCAUAUUCAAAUACCGAAGGGUACUUAAUGCAUAUUAUCCAUAUCUCUGGGGCCGGGGGCCCAUGUCAUUUUUCCUUGUAUAAGCUUUAUAAAAUAUCGAUAUGCUUAGUACUCCGACAUGAAUAGAUGGAUUUUGACCAAACUUAGAACACAUACUCUUGAUUAUCCAUAUUCAAAUACCGAAUGGUAUGUAACGCAUAACAUCCAUCCCUCUGGGACCGGGGGCCCCGUUUCUUACUUUCUUAUCUAUACUAAUAAAAGGCAAAGCCAUGACUCAAUCAUAACUAAUUCUCCAACUUCUCGAGUAGAUGGCGGCCUGAAAUUUGGCAGGCUUAUUCCUUACAGCGUAUUUACCAAAGUUGAGCAGGUUUCUUUUCGAAACUCUAUUCCGUUUGGGGCCGGGGGCCCAAAAUAUCAUGUUUUCCCAUAUUAGCUAUAUAAAUAAGAUGGUCAACAAAUACAACUACAUGAAUAUCUGGAGCUGUACCAAAAUUAACAAACAUACAUUUGAUUAUCCAUAUUCAAAUACCGAAGGUUACUUAACACAUAAUAACCAACACUCUGGGACCGGGGCCCCCAUUUCAUUUUUUUUCUAAUUGGAGCUAUAUAAAUAUCAAUAGUCUUAUUACUCCUACAUGAAUAGAUCGAUCUUGCACAAACUCAGUACACAAAAUCUUGAUAAUCCAUAUUCAAAUAAUGAAGAGUACUGAACUCAUAAUAUCUAUACAUUUGGGGCCGGGGGCCCCUUUUCAUUUUUUCUAAUAUAAGAUAUCAAUAGGGUUAGACAACACAUAGGUUCUAUGUGAUUAGGUGGAUCUAGAACUUGCUUUGUAGCAAUACCCUUCUACGUUCGUUUUAAGAUAUCGUUUUAUUUAGUAUCCCAUCCAUUCAAGGCUAUCUGGAAUAUUCUAGAAACUUCGAUAGUUUAAAUAAGCUAUGUCAAUGGCAUUUGUAAAACCACUUUCAAUAGGACAAGUUUUAAAUGUAUAAUUUAUCUCAAUGAUCAGCCACCCAUCUGAGACAUAAACAAAACGUUACUUUAUUACAUGGGCCCCCAACGGGGCCCCCGUAUCAAUUUAAAUGUAUUAUAGUCAGUAGCACAAUUUAGUUGUAGAAUAUUUCGCAUUCGAGAAAUAAUUACGUAAUAUGUAAUUUUUACACGUUUCAUGGAGGAUAUUUAAUUUAAUCUAGAAUGUUCUAUAUUGUUCUAAGGGGAUGUAUAAUUAGAUCUUAAAGCUUAUUCAAACAAAAUCGCACUAAGCAUGAUCCCAUAGAGAAACAGGAUCCUAAUGGGGUCACAUCGGUUACGCGUUUCCAUCGGGGAACAGGAUACCAUCGUGAUCCCCUCGGGUAACGGGCUCAAACCGCGAUCAGGAUCCUAUCAGGAAAAAGGAUAACAUCGACAAAGAGAGUACAUAGGUGGAACGGGAUCCCUAAAUGAACGGUAUCCUAACGGUAUCGGUAGCGCAUCGGAAUCCACGGAGAUCAGGAUCUCACUGGGAUCAAGACACCGACGGGAUCGGAAUACCAAUGGGAUCUGGAUUCCCCCUGGAAUUAAAUAGGAUUCCACCGGGAAUGGGAUAAAACCGGGAUUGCGCCGGGAUCGGAUUCAGAAUGGUAUUAGGGACUCAUCAGAAUUGGGGUCUUACCAGGAUUGGCGUCCCAAGGACAUACCCUAGAAAAAAUUGGCGUUGAUUUGAGUCAGGUUUAAUUUUUGCAAGGGAAUGCAUUGUAUAGUCUCUGAAAUCUUCGGAUACUUGAUAAUUUUGUACCUUUUUUUUUUCUUUAAAAAAGUCUGUCUUCUGCGACGCGUGGGUAUUUUGUAGUAUAUAUAUAUAUAUAAUUGUUUCCUGAAACCCAUUUAUCGCGGGUACCAAGUGACAUUUAUGACAACAUCUUUCCUUAAGUACAAUAACUUUUCACAAGGUGCUCGUAAUCAUAUGAAGUGAGUGUCACAAAGGUGUUCUCAUGAUGCAGUAGCAUUCUUAAGCAUCAUUCUUAAAUAUUCUAAGUCAGAUAGACAGCUCUAUUUCUAAAAAGAUUUUAGAAACUCAAAGUAAGCUUUUGAAGAUAUUAUCAACAAUCAUUUUAUGCGGAACACACAAGUUCGCACUUAUUGGCAAAAAUAGGUAAGGCGGAAAUGUCCAUGAUCUAAAGUAAGAAUUUGUGUUUACAAUUGUGUUAGAUUAAGAGUUAAGUCCCAAUCACUAAGAACCCUAGAAAAGCAGUGCCGUCAUAAGGCAAUGAUACACUGCGCGCCCUUGCCCCUGGUCUUACGGCCUUUGUCAACCUCAUGCUCUGGGGGCCUAUGCUUCUGGUGGGCCUGAAAAUUUGAUAGGAUGUGUUGACAUUGUCUAUGUUCCCAGUUUAAGCUCGAUAGGUUGAGGGGAAUUGCUUUAUUCAGCCCUGUUUUGCAUAUCAGAACGUGACCGAGGACCAAAAGCGAAGUUAAUAUAAGUGAUUCAAAAGCGCUUAAUAUAAGCAAAUACAAUUAUCUUUUAAAGGAAACAUUGCUAAUUUUGGUGCUAAAGGAUUCCCUGCCCCACGCCCCUUGAAUACCUAAAAUGCUACCCCCCCUCUCUCUAAUAGUAACUGUUCAAAACGCAUAGGCAAACAUUUAUUAAUAUGUAGGUUUUACACAGAGCCGACUUUUUUUUACCUCCCCUUCUAUAAGAAGUACAGGGGAUUUUAUAAUUAAGUUCCUGUUAAAGUUUAGCGCUCACACCCCCUCCUUCGUACGGCCCUAAGUAUGUUGAGGGUUGGAUGCCUCAGAGCAAUACCUUGUACAGGGCUCCGCUUACAUAAACCGCCUGGUUUAAGGGUGACAGAAAUAAGAGUUGAUGCCUGAAGUUUUUGAAAUAUUUGGAAAAGAUGAACGCCGACUUUCAUUCAAUUUUCAAGGAUUGAAAUUAAAGAUUAUCAAGAAACGUGCGGGACCAUUAGCUUUAUAGUUUAUAUUAUAAGCUGACUAGUUUAUGUAAAGAAUUUUUUUUAUCAAAAUGGCUGUUUUAUGUUUGCAAAAAAGCUCAAUUUGAAAAGUAGGCUACUAUAAAUACAUAGGCCUACGGUCUUUAGCUUUCAACUAUAUGUUUAUAUAAUUAAAAAGCAUGUCCAAAAUGUGUUGAUGCGCACGUUUCCGGGAAAAUUCCUGUGGGCGCCCAUAGGAUGGAGAUCGUAUUGUUAAGUUAAAAUAUUUCGCAAUAGUUAUUUAUAUCUGUAGUUUAUAUUCCUUUUUUUUUAAAACCUAUUUGCUCAAAUUUACCUCCAGCCUCUUUCAUCCCAGUAUGACCCUAACCUGUAUUCUACCACUAACUACUUUUUUUUUGUUACAUAAUGAUUUAAUCAUACACAUUUAAAACCUACAACUAACACAACGAGUCACUCACUAUGGUUUUCAAUGCAGCUUCUAUGGUAGCAGCUAUUGUCCUUUGCGUAAUCCACACCACUGAGUGAAUACAUUUGGUUGCAAGUCUGUUCCAUCCCCUCCCCUCACCUGUCUCGCCCCACUUUCCUCAGAGCCCAGGUGAAGCCUUGAAAAAAAUCUCUCAACAACGGCCCCCACCACAGCGAGCUUAAAGAGAAAACGAUACCAACUCCACCACCCCCACCAACCCCACCCCCCCCUGCCAUUAUCUCGUCGGCGGAUUAUAAAAAAAAAAAGAUUUGUAAACAAAAUGGCGUAAUGUUCCAGCUCAAAUUAUAAGGCUUGCCGCUUCUGUUAUUUUGGGGUGACACGGUCCGUUUAACUCGUGGAACCCCCCCUCUCAUCGGAACCCCUCCCUCCCGACCCCCUCCCUCCGGAUCCCCUUCCUCCGGACCUCUUUCUUCCGGACCCCUUUUCCCCGCGCUCGGCACUAUCCACGAGUGUAAGGGUUUUUCCCUUUCCGGACUUCUGCCAACUGUAAGUGACAAGGCACUGCUUAUGUACUAUUUAGUGAUAUAAAACUCACAAUUGUUAUAGUAAGUGAUUAGUCAAUGCUAUCAUACUAAGUGAUAACUCACUGCUGAUAUGUCCAAUGAAAUUCAAGAGGUCGUGAUCAGUAAUCUGUGAAUGAUGUGUCUUAAAUGCUUCUGAGAUGGACUAGACUAGCUCAUCUUUCAAAGUUUAGAAAGGUUGCGUGAACGCUUUGCACACAAAGCUUCAUAAAUCCUGAUACAUACUCUGCAUUUAGUAUGUGAUUAAUCAAUGUUAUCAUAGCAGGUGAUAACUCACUGCUGUUAUAGUAAGUGAUUAAUCAAUGUUCUCAUAGCAGGCGAUAACUCACUGCUGUUAUAGUAAGUGAUUAAUCAAUGUUCUCAUAGCAGGCGAUAACUCACUGCUGUUAUAGUAAGUGAUUAAUCAAUGUUCUCAUAGCAGGCGAUAACUCACUGCUGUUAUAGUAAGUGAUUAAUCAAUGUUCUCAUAGCAGGCGAUAACUCACUGCUGUUAUAGUAAGUGAUUAAUCAAUGUUCUCAUAGCAGGCGAUAACUCACUGCUGUUAUAGUAAGUGAUUAAUCAAUGUUCUCAUAGCAGGCGAUAACUCACUGCUGUUAUAGUAAGUGAUUAAUCAAUGUUCUCAUAGCAGGCGAUAACUCACUGCUGUUAUAGUAAGUGAUUAAUCAAUGUUCUCAUAGCAGGCGAUAACUAACUGCUGUUAUAGUAAGUGAUUAAUCAACGUUCGCCUAGUAAGUGCUAGCAUAGAUGUCAUAUUUUGUUGACAUCAGAAAUAAAUGAAAUACAAAUUACUCGGUCACCAAAGAGGAUCAGUGAAUAAUCUGACACAAAACAUGUGGAGACCAUGACUCUUUUUAAUUCCUAAGUUGUGACAUUAUUUUAAAUGUAUGACUCGAACUCAAAGUGAAGGAGACAAAUAUUUCCGCUCCCAAACACCCACAAAUAUAAAGGUCAUGUCAGGCCAAUAUAAUAAUUAAUCCCACCUUCACACCAUCUAGGUACGCGCGGGCUGGGAGUGGGGGCGAAAUUUCGACCACCUAAGGCAGAGCAACCCCCAGCAAAGCUUUGGCCCCUGACAUUCUCUGACAACUGGAGCCCGCCUGACCCACUUCCCCACCCACCCCCACCCCCAGGUGCGAAUUCAUUUAACAUUUGAAUUCAAUACCGCGUUUAGGAUGCUCUUGCCGUUUAGUAUCGCCAUCGCAUCGACAGUAACCCAGUUCCACCCGUCAAAGGUUACAAUAAGUCUCAAGAUCAAGGCCUCAACGUCCACACAUUCGUCUUCCUCUGCAUCUCUUAAUCUCAAUCAGUUAGCCUAGAACGAUUUUCGCUCAUUUUUUAAAUUUAUUAUUUUUUUUUUAAAUUGCUGAACACAUUUUAAUUACUGUAUAGUACAAAAGAAGUGAAAGUUUGCCAUGCAAGCUACCAAAUUUUAAUGUAUGCAUGAAAAGGUACAUACCUCUUACUAUAACGAACACAUGUUUAUGUUGGGUAUCGGGAAAACAGUCAGAAGACGGUAGAAAUUCAAAUAGAUUACGCUGCCAGCCAUGUAUUUUGCAACAACGGGUAAAUGAUGACACUCUUUUCACCCAAAAAUGAAUCCCCAUAAAUGCUCUAAAUGAGAUUACUUUUGAAAAAAAAAUAUUUCAAGUACGUACAAUUUUCUAUUUUUUUCCGAAAAAAGGGACGGGAUAGAUCUGCGGCGAAAAGCUGGUGGGUCAAUAGAAUAUUAAUUUAAUUCAGGGCAUGAAAAGCAUGCCCGGUUUUGAGCCUUGGGGGAACUAAUUGUGAUUCAUUCAAAUUUUUCUUGUACGCAUGAAUUGUCGAAUUUUAACUCACACCUGCUUUGCUGGAUAUUACAUUUUAUGAAGGAUUUAGACAAAAAACUUUGUUUUUAUGGGUGUGUAAUAAAAUUCUUCUAAGUAACUUUGAUUUGUCCGUGGGUGGCUGGCUAAAUCUUGGACGGCUAAUAUACACCCGUCCCUUUAACCUAUCAUGAUGAAACCUGUCACAAAGCUUCGUUGCCGAUGACUCCAUGUUCUAUCAAAUUUUCACAGAGAUACACUUACAAGCUUAAUGAGCGCACUUUUAAAAUCAAAACGUAAGUUACGAUAUCUCGUAUUGUUUCGUUAAUGUGUCCAAAAAUGACCUGUUCCUCGCAUUGGACAGCGGUGAUAUCUCUAUCCAGAUCCUCUUUGACCUUAUUUUGGCCUUUGUCACUGUUAACCAUCAAACCCUUUACGAAACUCUUGAAAAUUACUUUGGAAUUUUUGGAUCAGUUUUGGCUUGGUUUAGGUUUACCGCUCCCAUAGAAAGCAGGCGGUCGCUGUCUAUGGCUGUCUUUCCGGCAGUGCUGAACACGGUGUACGGAGUCCCACAGGGGUCUGUUUUGGGCCCGGUUCUAUUCACAAUGUAUAGCAGGCAACAGCUCCUUUGGCUGUGGAGAGCCAAUCAUUGGCAGAUGACACGCAGCUAUACAAACAUACCCAUCCCUGUCUUUUUGUUUCUGCUAUCCGGACUUUGCAGGAUAGCAUUGAUGAUGUCAAGAAAUUGGUGAAACUCAGCUCUCCCUACUUCAUUUCAUGUAGGUAACGCCGAUAUACAAUUUACAUACUCUGCUAGUAAAUUUGGUUAUAUUCUGUCUAUCAACGUGUCUCUCGAUAUCAUAUCUCUCACAUUUGUUGCUCUGCGUACACCGCUUUCGUCAGAUUAGGUCAAUACGCCACUACCUCACAAAUAGCGCAAGAAAAACCACACUCUGUGCUCUUGUUCUCUCUCGUCUUGACUAUUGUAACUUUCUUCGAUCAGGUUCAAUAAAACACUUCUUAGAAAAAGUACAAAAGAUUCAAGACUCAGCUGCUAAACUACUUCUACAGGCAAAAAUAAAAGGGUGAUCACGUCACACAGCUGGUUCAUUCACUUCAUUGGCUUCCUGUAAGUGAGCGCAGAUUCUGUCCCCUUCGAACAGCCGUAUGGAAGGCUCUGCACCUAUCUAAAAGAAAUGAUUUCCAAAUAUGUAGCCUUAAAGAACUUGCCCUCUUCCUUACAGUCCGUACUGAGAGUUCCAAGUGUGGGUAGACAGAGAACGAAAUAAUACAGAGUGAGCUCUUUUGAAGCUAAGGCGCCUAAAUUAUGAACAAAAUUGACUAAAGCUUUGAGGAAAAUUAAAAAUAAUUUUAAAAAUCAUUUAAGAGAAAGUUUAAGACAUUUUAAAAAAAAUAGAUUUUCUGACAUCAGAACACUUUGAACUUGCUAGAAUGGCAUGGAGACAAGCGCUAAAGAAAUCAAUAAAUGCUACUUCUCUUGUACAUGGUCCCUUCUUGCUUGCAUGACCCCUUCUAUCUCACAUGACCCUUCUCUCUCAAAUUAUCACUUAUUUCUCACACGAUAUCAUCUCUCUCACGUGAUUCCUUCUCUUACAUGACCCCUUCUCUCUCACAUGACCCCCUUCUUUCUCAAUUGAUACAUUGUUCCUAAAAACAUCCCUUCUCUCUCACAUGAACCCCCCCUUCCAAAUGGUCCUUUCUCUCAUUCAGAGUUAACACCUGACUGACACUCCACACUCAGACAGCUGAGACAACCACGCAUUGUGAAAUUCAAUCGUCAAUGUCACUGUAUUGUAACUCGUGUAGGGAAUGAAUAGGGCUGAUGGCAGUCAUAUCCAGUUCUCUUUUUUUUUCUUCCUGGUUUAUAAAAAUCAAUAUCUUCUGCCAAAUUAAGAAUUUCUUCGUGUUCACGGGUACGGUGAAUGUAAAUGCUAUUUAGGGCCCGACAAGAUAUUCACGAUUUAAAGUUUUAUAUAUUAAAGUUUAUCUUUAUUUAGCGGCGAUUACGUCUGUGAUUAUCCUUCAUGUUAUCGUAAAAAAAUUAUUUGUUGAAAACAGAAUUAGAAUCAGUAGCCUUAAUACUUGAUUUCUGUAAUUAUUAUAAUUUAUAUUUUCUUUCGCAGAACCUAUUGAAAUUCAUACACUUCCCGUUGAUUAGCAUUUCUUGAUCAUCAUGGCACAGUUACAAGAUAUGAACCCUAGUAAGUAUAUAGAAUUGUUCAUAUAACUGUUAACACGUUUUUGUUUGUUUGUUACAACAAAUUGUAAUGACUCGGACAUUGACAGUGUUAAGACACACGGACAUAAAAAGUGUUAUUAAUCAAGGUGAAAUGUGUGAUGCCCCCAAGGAGUUAGAUGUUGAAAUGAUUGGAAGGAUCAGUGGCAUGGUGUGAAAAGACAAGAAAGGAUUCCAAGAGGAAGAUAAACAAUUUCAACUAGUUGAUGGCUCUCCUCCUAUCCGACUUUUCCCUGUCCUCGUUUUUGUCGUAUCUUUUCUGUAAGGAAAAGAAACGACAUUUUCAGCGUAGACACUGUCCAGAGACUGUGACGCCAUUUUAUUUACACACAAAUCUACCCAUAUUUAUAUUUUCAACAAGUGGGGGGGGGGCUGGGGUAGGGGGAUUAUCCCAUAUUAUAAAUUAUGUUCUUUUAGAUUGUAGUUUUAUCUGUAAGCUUAAGUUAAUUUAAUUUAGUGGAAUCUUGCUUUUUAGUUUUUAUUUUAGCUCUAAAUAAUGGUUUUUAGUAGUUUUUCUGUGUUCACGUUUUUUUUUCUUCAAAUUUAGCGUUUUGUCCGCACUGUCAAAUUUGUUUUUUGUAAUCCGCCAACAGUCGCCCUUUUACACGUAAUAUUAGGGUGGCUUUAUCAGUUUGUAUUAUCUUACAAAACAUACAUUAGUUUAACUUUAAGUUAUAUCCACAGAGGGAAUAUCUUGGUCUUUGAACUAUGUGAUGUUAAGUCUUUCGGAUGUCGGCGUCAUGUUGCACUGGAGAAGGAAAGUUGUUUUCCCUUGCCCUAGGUUCUAUUUCUUGUAUUUGAAGGUUUUAAAAAGGGUUUUCUAAAUGUUUUGUAUUGGAACGAUUCAACCACUUGAUCCUCUUUGCAUGAGAUGUUUUCAUUUUAUCUCUUAACUGGCUGUAACAUCUUGACUUGUUUUAUGUAUUAGAGAGUCGUUUUGUUUGAUGGCGCACAUGCAAGCGAGGCAGACACGGGGGGAGCCUUGCCCCCAGGUAGUGUGGCGUGUUGCUUUUCAUGGGUGUUGCAGGUAUUGGUCUGUUCCCUUAUAAUAAUGUUUUAGCACGUAUUUUUUGUGGUCUUUCCUAUCUCGUCCUAUGUGCUAUUUUCUCAUUACUUCAGGUUUACUCUCUAUGUCUUGAACAUUGAUUGCCCCCUCUAAUUUUGUUGCCAUAAGCGUUGAGUGUUGGAUUUUUUAUCAAAUUUCGGUUCAAUCAAAAUUUCAUUCGAGCAAACUGCUUGUCAAACAAAUUUCCAUUUUACCAUACUUCGAUUCAAUCAAAAUUCCGUUCAACAGAACUGUCGUUCGAUCAAAAUGCCUUCGAAAAAACUUCCGUCGAUCAAUUUUCCGUCAAUGAAAUUUCUUUCAAACAAAUUUAUGGACACGCAGCCGUAAUAAUUUUGAAUCAUGAUCCCUAGGUUAAAAUACUUUAUCUAUAUAAAGAAAAUUAAAAUAAUUUAAAAAAUGUGUGCAUUAUUAAAAAAGUGAACAUUAUCGACCUUUAAACAUCUUCCAAGGUGCUUUUCUUAAAGUGAAUUUCGGAUAAAAAAGUGUUUAUAGACAUGGGCCUAGUUGGAGGGAGGGAACCGCUCCAGGUAACACCAUCUCAUAGGUGACACCUAAUUGAAAAAGUUCCUAUUGACAGAGCAUACACUGCCCGUUGUAACAAGAUUUCAUAAAAAAUAAAACCGAUCACACGUACAUUUUUCUACACACGUGACCUUAUUAAAUGCAUGCAUUAUUAAAAGUUCAAGGUGGAUGCGUGAGAAAUGAGGCAACCCUAUAAUUAGGUUAAAAAAAACUAUUUUGACCAUGAUUCAAUGCAAAUCGAAAUGGUCGGUAACUUUCGUAAGUGACUGGAGGCUAUAUUUAUCUAAAUUCUGAAAAAAACAUAAAGCUUUCCAUUGAAACCAAUGAAGAUGUGGUGGCGCGAUUUUAAGUACAUUACUCGAUUAAAGAUUAAAAACAUUAAUAAAAUUAAUUGUACUCAUUACUAGGCUUAAAAAUAGUAUUAUGCAUAAUGUUCUCUUAAUAAUUAUAUUAAAUUUAUUUAAAUUUGAAAGGAAGCUUUAUGAAACAAAAUAUAAGUCGAAACCCAGAAAUAUAAAAAAAUAAAAAUGAGCAUGAUUUUUAUAUAUGACAACGUAUUUUACUUGAUAUUCUGUGAUUUCACGUUAGUCUGCUACCUUUGCCAUUCGGCCGAUCUACUCUUUGAAGUUAAUCCUACACAAUAGUAAAUAUAGACUAAAGGCUUCAUUCUUGACAAACUGGUGACCAACUAAGAGGCCUUAAGAUUGUUUCUGCAUAAGAAGGGCUGUCGCUUUGUGGAACAGGAUAUUGAAAAAGUACUUUUAAUCUAAUACCAAUAUGAAAUUUCGGUAGAGAGAAUAUUAUGAUUUAAGAAGAGAAUGUGAGAAUAACUAUUUGCGAUCCACCAUUGGACAGUCAAGGCUUUCUGAUCUGGCACUCCUAUCAAUUAAAAGUGAUACAGUGAAUGAUACUGAUUUUGGCCAAGUGAUAUCAAGGUUUUCAGCUUUGAAGACCAGAAAAAUAAUUUUUUAAAUAAAGUAAUUUAAUGUAAAGAAAAAUAUAAACGUUGUUACAGUUCUUAAAUAUAAUUGCCGCCUGACCUUCAAUUAAUUUGUUUUUCUUCUUGUUACUGUUAUACCGUGGAUGUAUUUUAACAAGAGUAAAUCUAUCGUUGAAUUCGAGGGAGAUGGGUGACAUCAUGAGUUUACUGCACCAAGUGAGACCAAUCCUCGCUACGCAAAUGUGUGUAUGAUAUUGGGGGGGGGGGAGGGGGGGGACAUACGGUAGGUUCAAAUCUGAAAGAACCACCGUCGCAUUCUGAAGAGCAGCGUUGAUGUUCAUUGAUAAGUUAGAUUAAAUUAAAAUUGUCAUACUUAAAAUAAUAAUCAAAUCAAUGAUUAUAUGUAAUAUUGAUAACUUUCGCAACCUUUCUUUCAAUCUUCUACGCUGGCUUUCACGAACGCAGAACGGGGUUGGGUGGGCGGUAGCUACAGUGAUGCUCUUUGGGACUAAAACAUGGUUUCCUUGAUCAUUACCAACCUCUAAUGUUUGCGAGUGUUCCUUUGUAAUAUUUACGUGUAACUCCUGGUCAUAGAAAUAAUGGAAACAGAUCGCAAAUAGUUACAUAUGACUUAACCAUAUAUACUCAAUAAUAUAACGAAAUUUAGAUUUCUAAAAUGAAUAAAUAGUAUCCGUCAGAGGACAUAUGCUUUGAAUAUUAUUUUUUUUAAACAAAAGCUAUCUUGGUAUAGAAUUGGACAAAUAACUGUAUUUUAAAGGACCACAAAAAAUAAUGUAAUUAGAGAAACAAGAUAAUAAUGAUAAGAAUAAUUUGAUUUAAUUCUAAUGAGAAGUUUUUGUUUGUUUUAAACACAGUUAAAUUUGGUCAAAUGGAAACUUCCAGCUCAAGCAUUGAAGGUUAGUAGCGUAUACUAUUAUGUGCAACACAUCUAAUAUAUAUAUACAUAUAUAUAUUGUUACGCACUGACUUGUAUUCGGAGAAAUUAAUCCCCUAUUUUAAUUUUAAUUGGCUCGUUGUAAACAGUGCCUAACAAAGGACGAUACCAUAGAGUCAACAACUUUAAAGAUACGACACGCAAAACAGUUUCUAGUUACAAAUAAUUAAGAUUUAUUAAGUCUUAAGAUAAUUACAAAAGAAAAGAAAAUAUAAUGACAAUCUUCAAACUAAAAUGGUUGAUCUUGUACCGGUACACAGUUAAAACAGUUAUAAUAAUGUGCCAAUAAAUAAUGCGAAAUAAACACAUAUGAGCACAAAAAUACACAAAGAAUAAAACACGCCUCGUAAAGUUAAUAAAAUGUAUCUGAAUCUCCGUCCCUCCGUCCGUGCCUGUCAAUCCCUUAUAUAGGUUGCGUAAGCCCUGCCUUCCAGACCACUUAUGACGUUUCUAGAACAAUCACAUUCAUACUACAAAAUAUUAUUUGGAACAGAUAAAUUAUUUUUAGUAGCUGGCGGCAUAAAACACGAAAAGAUCAAAGGACUAAGCCACAACCGUCUGUGAACACAGCGUCUCGUGCGGUGUCAAUCAUAGGGGACGAACGAGAAAAAUUAUGUAAAAAAGCUCUAUAUAACAGUAUGUUGAUUGAAGUGACGUUGAUUAUCAGUGACGUUGAUUGUCAGUGAUGUUUAUUGUCAGUGCCAUUGUUGUCAUUGACGUUGUUGUUAGUGACGUUGAUUGUCGGUGACGUGGAUUGUAAGUAAUGUUGAUGAUCAUUUAAUUUAUUGUCAGACAUCUUAAAUGUCAGUGACGUUAAUUUUCAAGGACGUUGAUUGUCAGUGACGUUGAUUGUCAGUUACGUUGAUUGUCAGUGACGUUGAUCGUCAGUGACAUGGAUUGUCAGUGACGUUGAUCGUCAGUGACAUGGAUUGUCAGUGACGUUGAUUGUAAGUGACGUUGACGAUCAGUGACGUUGAUUUUCAGUGAUGUUGAUUUUCAGGGACGUUGAUUGUCAGAGAUUUUAUUGUCAGUGCCAUUGUUGUCAUUGACGUUGUUGUUAGUGACGUUGAUUGUCAGUGACGUGGCUUGUCAGUAAUGUUGCUUGUGAUUUAAUUUGAUUGUCAGAAACCUUAAAUGUCAGUGACGUUGAUUUUCAAGGACGUUGAUUGUCAGUGAUGUUGAUUGUCAGUUACGUUGAUUGUCAGUGCCAUGGAUUGUCAGUGACGUUGAUUGUAAGUGACGUUGACGAUCAAUGGCGUGGAUUGAUAGUGACGUUGAUUGUCAGUGACAUUGAUUGUCAGUGACGUUUAUUGUCAGCGAAGUUCAUUGUCUGUGAUGUUGAUUGUUAUUGACGUUGAUUUUCAGUGAUGUUGAUUUUCAGUGACAUGGAACGUCAGUGACGUUGAUUGUCAGUGACUUGAUUAUCAGUGACAUUUAUUGUCUGUGACUUUGAUUGUCAUGACAUUUAUUGUCAGUGACGUUCAUUGUCAAUGACGUUGAUUAUCAUUUACGUAGAUUGUAUGUGAAUUUGAUUGUCAAUGACAUUGCUGGUCAUUGGCGUUGAUUGUCAGUGACGUUGAUAAACUGUGACGUUGAUUUUCAGUGAUGUUUAUUGAAGUGAAGUUGAUUGUCAUUGAUGUUUAUUGUCAGUUACCUUUAUUGUCAGAGAUAUUGAUUGUCAGUGACGUUGAUUGUCAUAGAGGUUGUUUGUUCGUGACGUUGAUUAUCAGGGAGUUGUUUGUAAGUUACGUUGAGUGUCAGUAAUGUUGAUUUUCAAUGACGUUGUUUGUCAUUAACGAUGAUUGUUGUUGACUUUGAUUGUCAGUGACUUUGAUUGUCAUUGACCUUAAUUGUCUGUGACUUUGAUUGUCUGUGAUUUUCAUUUUCAGUGACGUUGAUUGUCAGUGACGUGGAUUGUCAGUGACUUUGAUUGUCAUUGACGUUGAUUAUAAGUUACUUUAUUGGUCAGUGACAUUGAUUGUCAGUGACAUUGAUUGUCAGUGACGUUGAUUGUCAGUGACGUUGAUUAUCAGUGACAUUUAUAGUCAGUAACGUUCAUUGUCAAUGACUUUGAUUAUCAUUUACGUAGAUUGUUAGUGAAUUUGAUUGUCAAUGACAUUGCUGGUCAUUGGCGUUGAUUGUCAGUGACGUUUACUGUCAAUGACGUUGAUAGACUCCGACGUUGAUUGUCAGUUACCUUUAUUGUCAGUGAUGUUGAUUGUCAGUGCCGUUGAUUGUCAUUGAGAUUAUUAUCAGUAACGUUGUUGUCAGUGACGUUGAUUAUCAGUGACAUUUAUAGUCAGUAACGUUCAUUGUCAAUGACUUUGAUUAUCAUUUACGUAGAUUGUUAGUGAAUUUGAUUGUCAAUGACAUUGUUGGUCAUUGGCGUUGAUUGUCAGUGACGUUUACUGUCAAUGACGUUGAUAGACUCCGACGUUGAUUGUCAGUUACCUUUAUUGUCAGUGAUGUUGAUUGUCAGUGCCGUUGAUUGUCAUUGACAUUAUUAUCAGUAACGUUGUUGUCAGUGACAUUGAUUAUAAGUGACGUUGAUUGUAAGUUAUGUUGAUUUUGAGUUAAGUUGAUUGUCAGUGACAUUUGAUUGUCAGUGAAUUUGAUUGUCAUUGACGUUGAUUGUCAGUAAUAAGUUAUAUUGAAAUAAAAGUUUACUAUUUAAAGUAUACAUAAAUAAAUGCCACUAUUUAUAAUUAAUAUUGAUAACCUAGGAACCUUUCUUACAAUCUUCUACUCUGACUUCCUCGGAGUUCAGAUUGGGUUGGUUUGUGUAGCUACAGUGAUGCUUUUGUGACUAAAACAUAAUUUCCUUGAUCAAAACCAUCCACUAAUGUAAGCGAAUGUAAUUUUUUAACAUUUAAGUGUACAUUAUGGAGAUAAAAAUAAUGGAAACAAAUUGCAACUAAUUACAUAUGACUUAUGAAUAAAUUUUUGAUUUUUUUUUUUAAACCUACCUGGCUAUACAAUGGACAAAUUACUGUAUUUUAAAUGACAACAAAGAAUAAUGUAAUGACGAAAAAAGAUCAUGAUAAUAAUAAUUUGAUAUAAUCAUAAUGAGAAGUUGUUUUUUGUUUUGUUUUAAACAAAGUUCCAUUUGACGACACUGUAGACUCCAGCUCAAGCACAGAACGUGAUUAGCGUAUAAUAUUCUGUGUAGCACAUGUCAUAAAUAUAUAAAGAAGUUUCAAACCUGAGAAUCCUUUGAUAAAAGUAUCGGAAAAUUGACAUACACGGUCAUAAUCUCUUCCGUAUCGUUUCGUCCAUUCUACACAAUCUAUAGGAACACAUCAAUUAAAACAAUUUCUAAACAUACUUCACAAUGUAUAGAAAUAUUACCGUUAUAAAUAUUUAUAUAUAUAUAUAUAUAUAUAUAUAUGUAUAUAUAUAUAUAUAUAUUUAUAACCUUUUUCAGCAUAAGUUUUGCAUUUUUUUGAACAACAACGAUUUAGUUUUAACCAUAAUUGCCUGCUUGUAGAAUGGCAUUGAAAUUUAAGAAAACGUGAGCAUUUUUUUUGUUCGUCAUUGUUCCAUUUUUGUUUUCAAGAAUGCCAUUACAUGACACAAUUUCUAGACUUUCUAUAAUAUAUUGUUUUAAUUAAUUAAUAUAUAAGGCCCGCAAGGUAUCUAUCCAAUCAUAGAGACUUUAGGAGGCUUAGGUUUUCCAAAACAAGAAUGAAGAUUGACUAUAAAGAGACUAACAUAGACAUUUAUAGUAUUGUGUGUCAAUUAUAAUUUCUAGUUGAGGAUUAUAUCUUUAUUUCCAAUUGCUGUAAGUUAAUACACUUCUUGGUGCUGUAUUAGAAGUUAUAUUUCUAUAAAAAUGUAUUUAUAUAGAUACAUUUAAUACACUUUGUGUUUUGUAAUGUAUUAUUUCUUAAACGAGCAAGCUAUUAACAUAGAAUAAAUAUUCAUAAUCAUUACGGUACAUAACACACCACUUAUGCCAAAGAUUACCGCACAGCAACAAUAAGGAAUUGUAUCUAAUUAUAUAAAAAUCAGUCUAUCUAUGUUUGUAAAUUUGUCGAUCGAUCAAAUUAAAAUAAAACCACGCAUCACAAACAAGUUUAACAUAGUCAUUUCAACUGACCUACAGAUGCUUCCUGGAAACUUUGGUUAUAUUACCUUAUCAAAAACGCUGUAAUUUAAAAAAAAACGAACCGUAAAGCUCUAUUAAAGUAAUAUAUUCGAUGGGCUUUUGUUUGAUGUAUGCAUUUAAAUCAUACCGAUAUAUUCAAAUUCCUUUCAAUGAAAGUAUAUUAUAGUACUUGAUAGUACAUCAUAAUUUUACAUAGUUCUGGCGCGUCCAUAAAGGGUGCUUUGUGUUAUCUGGAGGUUUACAGUCAUAUGUGUUUGUGCAUAUAUUUUAAUAUCAGCUUCAUUGCACAGUAGAUGUAUUUGUCGAAGGGAGAAUAAAACAUUUUGGAUUUAGCCCCAUUUCAGCGUUUAGCACAAGUACGUUCCUAAGUGGGAGGGUGCAUUUUGUGAGGAUAACAAUGUCUCAAAGGCAUUUUUUGUACACUCGGAACAAUUGUCAGUCCAUAGAAGUUUUUGAUUUUUUAAAUUAAAUUAAUUAAACUGUGUGCAUUUACUAUAACUUUAGAUAAAUACCUGAAAAAUUAAGUUGAUGUCUCCAUUUAAAAAAAAAUAUAUAUGAAGUAAAUACUUAUUCAAUUCCAAGCACAAUUAAUACGUCUAAAUAUCCUUUAUUGAUUCGUUAGUUUACAAGAUAUUCUAGUUCUUUUUCUUAUAUUCCAAUAAGUUUCUAUUAUUUUCCUCAAACGUUUCGAAAUCAGAUUUAAUUAGAUAUGGGAAUGGAAUUGAACCCGAACCGAACACACCGAACCCAAACCAUGCUGACGACCGAUGUGCGGUAAAAAAUAUCACAGCAAUAAAAGAGUAACGGGAAAAUGUCGCAAAUUUUGCUUGAACAAAAAGUCAAUGAGAAAAUGUCGCAUGAUAAAUUACACAAGAAAAAAAAUCACAAGAUAAGUCGACGAAAAUAAGUCACUGAAACAUUCCGCGUUCAAACAUCACUAAUAAAUUCUGACAAGAUUGGGGAACAAAUUUAUUAGUAUAUCUUUUGGUCCGACCAGAAUCCCUUAGUGACAAUAAUUAUCUUGAGUGUGAUGAUAGGUAUUUGACUGUACGACAUCUUGGGGAGGUGGGAGCACCUUCGUUAAGUCUAAUGAGAUUUAGGAACAAAGUAACAUCAAUAGGAUACAAAUAUUUAAUCUCAAAGGAGAAUUUAAAAAAUGACCUAAAUAAUUUACUGAUAUUCUCUAUUUUCACUUUUUCAGUUACUAAACAUAGGCUAUUGAUGGAAUAAAAAAUAUCAUUUCAUAAACACUGAUAAUUAGGAGUUUAAUAAUAAAAACAUAUUGUGUGAUUUUUAUUCUGUACAUGUUUUCUUUGACUUUUUUCUUGUGGCCUUUUACUGUGACUUUUUUCUUGUGACAUAUUUUCCGGGUACUUUUUUUCCUGUUUCUUAUUUGUGACUUUUUUUCUGUUACUUUUUUGUGACAUUUUCUGUUACUUUAUCUUGUGACAUUUUUCCUUUAACUUUUUUCCUGUUACUUUUUUGUAACUUUUUCAUGUUACUUGUUCUUGUGACAUUUUUAUGUGACUUUUUUCCUGUUACUUUUUGUGUGACUUUUUUCUGUUACUUUUUCUUGUGACAAUUUUUCCUGUGACUUUUUUCCUGUUACUUUGUGUGACUUUUUUCUGUGACUUUUUUCUUGUGACAUUUUUUCUGUGAUAUUUUUCCUGUCACUUUUUUGUGUGUCUUUUUAUUUUUUUCCUGUGACUUUUUUCCUGUGACUAAUUUGUGACUUGUUUGUGAGACUUUUUUCUUGUGACAUAUUUUCCCCUGACUUUUUUCCUGUUAUUUUUUGGUGACUUUUUCUGUUACCUUUUCAUGUGACUUUUUUGUGGCUCUUGUUCCGUAACAUUUUUCUUGUGACAUUUUUUCCUGUGAAUUUUUUUUGUGCUCUUUUACUGUGACUUUUUCUUGUGACAUAUUUCCUGGUACUUUUUUCCUGUUUCUAUUUGUGACUUUUUUCCUGUUACGUUUUUUGUGACAUUUUCUGUCUCUGACUGUUUUCCUGUUACUUUUUAGGGACUUUUUUUCUUGUGACAUUUUUCCUCUGACUUUUUUCUGUUACUUUUAAUUUUUUUUUUUUUUUUUUAAAGCCUGUUGAUUGGAAGCCACUUUCUUCCAAUAACCUCUUUUUUUAAAUAAACCUGAUAUUAAAAUGCAAUACACUUUUUUUUUUUUUUUUUUUUUUUUUUUUUUUUUUUUUUUUUUUUUUUUUUUUUUUUUUUUUUUUUUUUUUUUUUUUUUUUUUUUUUUUUUUUUUUUUUUUUUUUUUUUUUUUUUUUUUUUUUUUUUAAAGCCUGUUGAUUGGAAGCCACUUUCUUCCAAUAACCUCUUUGUUUAAAUAAACCUGAUAUUAAAAUGCAAUACACUGUCCAGUUUUAAAGUUUAAAAGCCUGGGUCCAACAAUAUUUAAGAUAGAACAUAUCAAAACAAAAAAAAAAUAAUUUAAGGAACUUCAAAGUCAUCAUAUGUUCAUUUGCUUUCGAUACGUUUUAUUUACAUCUUAAGGCACAGUUUUCGCCAUGUAUAGAGAGACAGUCAGUAGCGUCAUGUCUACAGCCUAUUCGUCACAUUAUGUUCCCGUUUUGCCGUCGACAACGGAAGCAAAUGACUGUAGGUAUAAUGAGGUUGUAACCAUCUAUCGAUCUAUCAAAUUCUCUCCCACUCUCUUUAUAUAAUAUGCAAAUCACCUUUAAGUUAGUACUAUUCAUCUUUGCACCAAUUUUUCAGAAUAUAAUUUGUAAUUGAUAUGACCCUCUCAUCGUCGAAUAUGUUACACAAUUGUACCUAUUUCAAACAAAAGCAUAACUAAAAAUGUUAUUUCAAGAUCACUUUUGUUAAUUUGUAUUUGUAUUUAAUAAAGAAACAUCACACAAUUAAAACGCCCAAAUUGGGUAACAAAAUGUAAAAUAAAAGACAAAUGAACUCAACCUAACAUACCGGUAUCUAAAAAUGUAUAGCUAAAUAUACUAACAUUUAAUCAUAUUAUGUUUAAGAUUUGAUUUUAAAUUAGCUAUAUUAGUUUUAAACCCGCUAUAGUUUAUACAUUUUUCGUUUCUAUUUUUACUAAGGCAUUUAAUGUAUCGUUCAUUCCAAUUUAACCUAUUGUUAAUAUGAAGAAAUUACAUUGAGCUCUCCACCCAUCGAGUACCAUGCUUAGGGCGCUUCUCGCCCUACAAGACAAGGGACGAUUGUACACAUUUCAAUACACAAUGAAUAUUAACUAGAACUUGUAAACAUAACACUUUAAAGUUCCUGGACACUACCCGGACAUCUGAUUCGAAAGACCAAAAAGAUUAUAAGAAAAGAAGAAGUUCUUGUUAUUUCUAUGUUGAUCAAUUCACAUUAUUAAUUUACCAUUACUACACUAUCAAGAUAAAUAUUUUUUUUAAAGUAUAUAUUUUACUUAAUUUAUGUAAAAUCGGUCACAGACAAUCAAAGUCAUAGGCAAUUAAGAUCAUUGACAAUCAACACUAAUAACAAUCAACGUCACUGACAAUCAAAGUCAAUAACAAUCAUCAUUAAUGACAAACAACGUCAUUGAAAAUCAACGUUACUGACAGUCAACGUAACUUACAAACAACGUCCCUGAUAAUCAACGUCACAAACAAACAACCUCUAUGACAAUCAACGUCCCUGACACUUUACAUCACUGAAAAUCACGUCACUGACAAUCAACGUCAAUGACAUUCAACAUAACUGACAAAAACAAUGAACGUCACUGACAAUCAUCGUCACUAACAAUCAACGUCACGGACAAUCCAUAACACUGACAAUCAACGUCACUAUCAAAUCCAUGUCACUGAUAGUUAACGUCACUAACAAUGAACGUCACUAACUAUCCAUGUCACUGACAAUCAACGUCACUGACAAUUAAUGUCAAUGACAUUCAUCAUAACUUACAACCAACAGUUUUAAUGUCGUGUUUUAAAUACCGACAUUAAAAUUAUUUCCUUAUGUUUUUUGCAGAUGAAGUCCACUCAGACCUCGUUGUUGCAUUAUCUUGCGUCAUCGCUGUUUGCAUUAUGGCAUUGCUAACAAUCCUGCUUGUCCUGUUGUUAACCAGUUAUAAAAAGACCAGGUGAGUUAACGGGGAAUAAUACACCUAAAGCCAUGUUGUCAGAUUCAUGACGAAGAAAAGCUUAAUGUCGUUUCCCCCUUCCUCUUUUAUCCGUGAAUGACACGAUACAAAAACCAAAAAAAAAUAUUGUAAUGUUCUCCAUUGUUCAACCCGUUGACGUGAUGUAGAUCUUAUUGUCGCGUGUUUAUCAACCUUGGAUGUCAGAUUUUUACUUGUUUGAUAUUACUGUCUCUCACCUCGUCUAAAGGUCACACGGACUAGUCCCACUGAUAACAGCUGAAACUAUUUCACUAAACAGUAAUUGGUUUGUUGCACGCUAUAAUUCUAUUCACCUUGACAAUUUAACAUUUCUUCUAACUCUUACUGUUAUAUUAAAUUAUGAAUAGUACUCAAAACGUUCCUGAAAAACAGCAACACACACGUUAAACCGUGAAUAUCCUACAACGGCCAACCAUCAACCAUAACAACAAAAAGGAACGCAUCAUUUGCCUUAUCAUAAUACGUCAUAAAUACCUCCCACAAUAGAUACACCUUUACAUAUAAUCUCUACACAAUACAUCUUUUGCAUACCAAACAUAACAACAGUGAUUCUCAAACCCUUGAUACCCGUAAAUUAAUUCACCCCUCCUACGCUUCUUCACCUACAAAGAGAGCAAUAUAAUAUAUUCUAGGGAAAAAAGGGAUGAGGGCUUAAGAUAAUUUGUGACCAUAUCUGGGUCCUUGACUUGAUUGUUAUUAGGCCAAUCUAUAUUUUAAAUCGCUUCUAAAUAGUAAUAUUGAUGUCAUUUUAUUUAUUUUUUUAAAAUCAUCUUUUAAUUUCCAUUAAACUGAUAACAAACGCAUACAUUGUGGCGACGCUCUGACAUUACUCUGGUGUGACCCCGGCUAGUAGUACAUCUCCAUCUGCUGAGUUAUGCCAUAAGACAUUUUCCUCACGUAGGGCUCUCCUGCCGCCCUAGCCUCCCCUGAAACCUCUAGCGAUGGACAUUGGGUCAACAGAUGCGCUAUAGUCUGUGUAAACAGGCUGUAAUGCAGUAUUAAACUUCUAAAAUUUGGUUAAGAUACAAAAGUCAUCUUUCUGUUACGUACUGUUAUCAGUAUUGAGAAAUUAGUGUCUUAGUUAAGUAUAUAGCUCGUCAUAAAACAGUACACAACAAAAGACGAUAUCAUAUGUUAGAUACAAUAGAAAAGAAAACGCUACCCAAACUAGGGCUAAUAACAAUUUAUAAAUUAUUAUGUUAAUAAUAAAUUACAAAAUCAAAAAGAAAUCAAUUAAAGCUAUUUACUUUCAGUUUAAGGAUUGGCGUGUACCGAUACAAUGCUGAAGAAGACACAAUGUUUUAAAAAGGUACAAUGAUGAAAGGGAAUCUAGGCACACACAGCAAAAGAUAAUAAAACAAAUAUUUUUCUCACAAAGCAAAUAUCUAAAGCGUUAGCAAAAAUUUAUCUCUCCUUACACUCGCUAAAUUUAUAUUUCCACAUUCAAAGACAUCUCUCUACCGAGCUUAUACAUUAUUUUAUUUUCCUGACUUGUCUAGAUUAUUCUACAGAAUUCUAAUAAUGCAGACUAAAGAUUUUAUUUAGACUUUUUUUUUUUUUUUUUUUAAUUCGGUUAUUGUUACGUAAACGACGUGUUUACAUCAUCUGUCUACGUUAAUGAACUCUUGAAUUCUACAUUAAAGAUGUAAACGAAAAUACAUUUCUUCUCUUUCAAUAUUUAACCAAAGCUUGUUAACAGCUACAUAUUAUUUCUGUGCUGUGUAAAUUCUGGACAAAGUGUCAGCAAUAAUUUUAUCUUUGCCUUUAAUAUGUUUCCUGUCCAAAUAUUAUUAUUGUAAAAAUAGACUCCAUCUAAACAAUCUUUGACCUUUGGAGACCAUCUUACUUAAAAUUGGAUUGUGAUAAGUAAAACAAGUUCUGGAUGUAAGGAACAACUGACAUAAAAAUAAAAUUGUUGUAGAGCAAUUAUUAAACUUAAACAUUCUUUUUCUACAUUAGAAUCAUUUUCGAAAGGAAACAUACUUUCUUAGAGAAAUAAAAGAGAGGAUAAUCUACCUUGUGAUUGUCUUUUUGAAAAAGAUCUGCAGAAAUGCAAAAGUCGCAGGCAUCUAUAGCGAAUUUAGACUGUUAAAGUCUUGUGCAAUGUGAACAAGGGCAUUAACUAGUAUAUUAUUUAUGUUUUCGAAAGCUUCCUGACAAGUAUCUGACAAAUGCAUUUUUAAAAUUCGUCUUUGCAUAUUACUUAAGUCUUAGAGGAGAAGGAAUAACUGAUAUUUUUUUGCAAAAUUUCCUAUAGUAACCGGCCAUUCCCAAAAAAUCUCAUUAGCUGUUUCCUAGCAGUGGGUUUAUCUUGGCUUGAACAUGCUUUACCUUUCCUUGACCCAUGAUUUGUCCUAGAUAUUCCACAGUUCCAUGACAAAAGUCACACUUAUUUAAAUGUACAGUUACAUUUACACCCCUCCUUGUGGCGCUACAGCCAAUGUAUAGCUUUGGCCUGCCUCACCACUUCCUUCCACUCAGACCUAACUAAUGCCUUUCUUUUUCCAUGCUUGGACUUUCAGCUGCUGCAGAUCUUUCUCCAUAUCGUCCGUCCACCUAAGCCUAGGUCUGCCUUUGAGCCUUUUUCCUCUGGAUUAUUGGUGAUGCACCCUCUUCGUUCCUUUGUCAUUUGGCAUUCUCUCUGGGUAUCCUGCCCAGCAUAGCCUGCCUAUUCUUAUUUCAGCUACUAUCGUGGCUCACCGGCUCCUGAAACAGUUAUUUUUCGGAGAACUCAUGACAGGCAAGCGCUCCAAAAGAGGUAAAAAAGCGUCAUAAAGACACACUGAAAGUGGCACUUAAGGCCUUCAGCUUUAACCGUACUCAAAGGGUGCAGACAGCCUGGAACAGAGCCAGGUGGAGAGCAGCUGUCAAGAAUGGGGCAAAGGCCCAUGAAGCCAAUAGGAUAACUAGAGCUGAGACAUGCAGGUUUGCCUAAAAGAUCAACAUUAGGUCACUGGCUGCAGCAACUAUCACGCGCCCGCGGUGAAGAGAUUUUUCCGAGCACGGAUAGGUCUGGCAUGACUACUACGAGCUCACCGUAACCCACACACCCCUUGACCGGAUGACUUGAUGGUCCUAGUCGACUUCGACGGACGAACAUCAAUAUCCUUGUAACCAUAAACAAAACAGGCCAAUAUACAUCUACAAGAUAAAAGCUAGAUAGAGAACAUCAUCCCAGCAGGUGUUUGCGAAAUAGAUAACUCUUAAAAUCAGUUUUGAAAGACUCCAGUGUUUGUUUCUGAGAGCGACUGGACGGGUGUUCCGAAUUGUUGGGCCAGCAAUGCAAAUUUCGGUUGAAUCUUUUUUUUUCAAUUCCCGCGAUAACAUUUUUGCCAAAUUUCUCUUUGAACGAAAUAUACAACACAGUAAAAAAAAAUGGGUUAAAAAAGAAAUUUGGCGCAAAAUUUGUCUGAGUGAACUGAUAAAGCAAAUUGAUUAAACUUCCGUUCGAUCAAAAUUUCGUUGGAACAAAUGUCCUUUUUUUCAAACAAAUUUUUCGAUACGAUAUUAUGCAGCUUGAUAUUAUGUUUAUGUAAAAACACAAUUGUUGUGCAGAAUUCCCUGACAUCGUAAUAUGCAACAUUAGAAAGCUACCCCAAAUACAUUCGGCUCCUGUUCAAUGUCAACAAGAAAAGCAAGUUCCAAGAGCCAUUUGGGAUCACUUAUUACAGGAACAGCCAUCACAUCCUUCUCCAUGAAGUCAGCUGUGUGGCCGAGUGGUCUAAAAUGAGUCACUCAAUUGGAGUUCAAUCCCCGCCAAAAGCUAAAAUCCCAAGCAUCCUGGGUGGAUGGGACUCGUUAGCAGGCAACACAUCUAAGACCAGCACCCCGGGUUAAUUUGACUCGUUAGACUUGACAGGCAACACAUGUAAGACCAGCACCCCGGGUUAAUGUGACUCGUUAGCCUUGGCAGGCAACACAUCUAAGACUAGCACCCCGGGUUAAUGUGACUCGUUAGACUUGGCAGGCAACACAUCUAAGACCAGCACCCCGGGUUAAUGUGACUCGUUAGACUUGGCAGGCAACACAUCUAAGACCAGCACCCCGGGUUAAUGUGACUCGUUAGCCUUGGCAGGCAGCACAUCUAAGACCAGCACCUUGGGUUGAUGGGACUCGUUAGACUUGGAAGGCAACUCUGAAUUGAAGCCAGGAGCCAAAAUGAUCAAUAAAUUAAUCGUGGGCCCUCAAAUAUAAAUUAAAAAAAAAACGUGUUCAAACAGUAUCCAAGAGCAGGCCAUGCUUAUUAAUUAUUGAUGCGAAAGAAGAUGCUAUUGUAGUCAGAAUUAAUUUUUAUCUUUUAUAGUAGAAAAGAUCAUUUGAUAAGCCCUAUUUUUAAAUUAACCUAGCUAACAGGCUCGGAAUUUACUUAACUCUUAAACACUAGCGGAAACUUCAAUAGGGAUUAUUUGAUACUGUGUCAGAUUGCUAGGAUUUACAAAAGUAUAGUUGUGCCGUCCCCACUGACCAACUUUGUAAACCUUUCUCAAAACCGCAUUUUGGUUAAAUUUGAUUUUAUAAAAUGCUUUAAAAUGACAAUUUUAGUCCUAUUUAAAACGACUUUUACCAUAAUAAUCAAAGUCCAAAUCUAUACACACAUAGUUAGAAUCAGAUUAGUCGUGAUUUUGACUGAAACUGUCACGGACGGUCAUAGUAUAUAUAUAUAUAUAUAUGAGCAUUGGGAAAACGCGGGGGCUGCAUUAAAACUAAACUUUACUGUCAUGCAGUGGGCCUCAAAAUAUCGUCUUGAGAGCCACAAUUCUUAUACCCUGACCCUAUAGAAAAUAAAAAAAAAAUCCAAAUGGGCAGACCGCUUCUCCAUCACAUACCCAUUAUGUUGAACAUACUGAAUAUAUUCAUAUUAAAAAAGUUAAUUUAUAGGUCUAUGCAUUUGGAAGGGGUAUUGAUGAUUAUAGCGAUACGUUAAAUCUUAAUUAUUACAUACAUUUUUAAUUAUACCAAUAAAAUCAUUACACAAUCCGAUCUCAUAACAAUGUUUGGUUCAAUUUAUUUAUAUAAUCUCUUAAAUUGAAUCAUUUCUUUAGCAGACCCGCACAAGUUUCCCCAAUGAACGAUGAAACUGAACAGACCGACCAAUAGUAAGUUGACACUUUUAUUUUUUGCACCUAAUUUAAAUCGCUUUUUAAAAAAAUCGUAACAUGUUUUAGUUCACUUUCUUUUUCUUUCACUUAGCUUUAUAUUUGUGAUUAUCUCUCAUAACGAGCACCUCUCAUAACGAGUAAUUCGCAUAACCAGCAGAAAAGAAUGUGAAGAAGUUGCUCCCUUAACGAGCGCGACAUUUCGCAUAACGAGUUAUGCAGAAAGGGGAAGUCCCUUUAUAUAUUAUAUAUAUAUAUAUAUAUAUAUAUAUAUAAUAUACAUACGUAUAUAUAUAAAACAAAUAUACACUAAAACACUCUUCGAGCGUUGUUUUCAAGUUACCGAAGCGACAAUUCUCACUCUUAGAGAGUUUUAGAAAGAUCAUUUUCACAUCGUUGCUUGUCUCAAGAUGAUUGACAGGGCUUUGGAAGGAGUUACCAAGAGAACCCUCACUUCUGCUUUGAAAAAACUUUGGCUAGAGAGUGUUGUUGAAUGUGAUUAUGAAACAGUACCUGUGGAGUCUACAGUUAACGAGAUUGUGUCAUUGGCCAAUAUCAUAGGACUCGAGGUGGACAACAAUGAUAUUGAAGAGCUUGUGAAAGAGCACAGUCAAGAGUUGACCACCGAAGAGCUUAUGGAGCUGCAUCGUGUUUCACAGCAAGAUAUUAUGGAGGAGAGCUCAUUGAUGGAGGAGGAAGAAGCACAGCAACAAUCUUCUAGCGCAAUAAGAGAAAUCCUGAAAGGAUGGGAAAAUGUUGUAUGGUACAUUGAGAAGCAUCACCCUAAUAAGGAGGUAGCUAUUCGUGCUACAAUUUUAUUCAAGGAAAAAGCAUUGACACAUUUUCGUCAGGAUUAAUUAUUUGUCAUAAAUUCAUUUUUUUUAAACGUUUUUUGUUUCAAAUCUAAAUGGUAUUCUACGGUGUUACACUCCUUAACAAUUCAUAAGUAAUUUUUUUUGAAUAAAUGUUAAUAAAAUUUUUUGAAAAAUUAGAAUUUUUUCAGCAUGGAACGCACUAUCGUAUUUUACAUUGAUUUGUAUGGGAAAAAAAUUGUUUCGUUUAACGAGUGUGUUGCUUAACGAGUAAGAGUCUGGAACGAAUUAAACUCGUUAUAAGAGGUUACACUGUAUAUAAGGGAAUCUAAAGUAAAUGUAUUAAUUAUGUUUUUAAUAUAAUAUUCAUGAAAAACAAAUUAAUAUUUUUUCACAUCACAAUUGUGAAAUUAUUUGUAUAUGUUCAUAAAUGAUUUAUCUAUACACAGGGUGGAAUUCAUAGAAUUAGGACUAAAGACACUUUUCUUACAGGAUAGGCAGAAAAGAUUGUUUAGUCUCUAAUUAAGCAAAAUCUAUUUUUGUCACACAAAAACAUAUUGGCUAAUCUAAUCGGACACAAAGAAAAAAAUUACCAAACAAUAAACCGAUUUUACAAUGGUAGAGUAUCAAGUAUAAAAAAAGAUUAUCCCAAUGAGAUUUUUAAACGUCCAUUUUAAAAAUCUUAACUUUAAUCUGUGUUAUGUACCAUUAUGAUUUUAAAGAUUAAAUCUGGCUCGUAGACGAAACAAUAAAUCACAAAAGGCAGACCAAAUAGUAUGUAAACUAAAGUCUGAUCUAACGGUAUUCGAAUAAAUCGAUACCAAAGCUAGUGAGACUAACAUUCUGUUUAAUUAUAUAAUAAAGAUCUAUACAAACACAAAUCUGAAUACAAAAGCAACAAAACUGUAUCAACUUACAGCAAGUGAAACAGGCCAAUAAUAAAAAAAAUACCCAGUUUAUGAAAUAAAAUAAUAAAACCUCUCGUAUGUUUAAGUCACGAUAUGUCUAUCUGCUAAGAAGCCUUAUGUGCUUCAUAUUAUAGGAAUUAAAUCCAAAUAUUCAAUGAAAGAAAAUCCCUCCCCUCAAAAUCCCGUGAUGUUUGUAGAUGCCUUUCGAUUAGAGGCAUUGCCACCGACGCCUUGCGCUACUCCGGAUAUAGCACCACCAUGCAGAGGACCUGCGUGUGGAGCGUAAGUAUGCAUGGUAUCUACGUUUGAAAGAGCACAGCUGUGGGGGAACCUACCAAGCGCAGGUGAAAAAAAAUGUCCGAAGCUGUUCGGGAACAUGAUUACUACUGCAAGGAUGGAAAGUGAUGUUAAAUCAAUUUCCCACCAUUGAUGACAAUUUUAAUUUCGGGUGUUGCAAGAGCAAUACCAUAAAUCGAGCAGGUGCUCCUUGGUUAAUAUCGUGUGGUGCUAUGUAGACGACGUGUUAUGUAGUGGACACCAAGCUUGGAACAGCAUUUAGGGUGUGCUAGCUAAAAAUAAUAUCUUUUAACCUUGUUUACAACGUAAUAAAAUUAUAGCUUUAUCCAAGAACAUUUUAGAAGAAUCUAUAGAAAAUUUGAAAGGAAAACAAUGCAUAAGGUGGUUCUAGAAAUAUGAGUAAAACGGAAUAUAAAAUGGGGUGUGAGAUAUUUUUGAGCCAGCAUUUUAUCACGAUAUAUUUUUACUUUACGGGACGAGAGACGAGAGUUAUUUUAAAUGUGUGUUAUUCUCGCUAGAGCUCUGUUUACUCUAUAUGUGCGGAUUCCUAUUCAUCGUUGUACGGAUUUUUUUCAUUGCAUUUUCAUCAAAUUGGUACCGGAACAAGCAAAACAGUACUCUCUAAGUCAUUAGCUUUAAUGAGAUUUCUUAAGUUACUUUUUUCACGUUCUAGUUAAAAUAAAAAAAGUAUUUAAUCAAUUUAAAUGGUAUGUUAAACAAUGUUAAGUUACAGUAAGCGGAUUAAUGUUUAUAUUCUAUGUCUUUCAGGUCUCGAGUGCCAAAAGUGACGAAGGGGGAAACCAUGGAUAAGGCUAGAGACUUGUUAAAGGACCAGACAAUAUUACAACUUACAAAUUCUAAAUUAUUGUUAAAAUUAAUUUUAUUGUGAUAUAUAUG